CUUCAUUCUUGGUCGCGACGCGCUGUCAAUCAUACGUGCACAGACAUUUAAAUAGAAAAAAAUAAACAUUUAUUUUUAAUUUAUAUUUUUUAAUUUUUGUUUUUUUUUAAUCAUGCUUUAAGUGCAUGAGUGUGUUGCCAGUUGCAAGUAUAUCGCCCGGGCAUAGGUUAUCGGUGCAUUUGGGUAUUGUAGAGAUUGUUUUUUUUUUAAUAAAAGAUAAUUUUUGACAAUGGUUGAGAGUCAGUGUAACGCCAGGACUGUUAAAGCUUACAUCAUGAGUGACAUACUGAAGAAGUUCGAUUUGGACGCGACCAAUGACUUCGUGAAGAUCAUCAUCGCCGUCGCUGGUUUCUACGUGGGGUUGUUUUACCUGGAAUACGUGGACACCGAAUACAGCCUGUGGCUGACGUGGUUCCUGACGCCCGUCAUCGUCACCUUCCUGCUACCAGCCGUCAUCAUCCUGCUCAUCUACGCCAGCAGCAUCAUCUUCCACCUGUACCGGCUCUAUCGAAUGCGGGUAGUUGACGGUGUGCCGUACGACUGGCGACAGGCGGCCAGGCUGGCUGUCUGUGCUCUGUGGGACGCGCACGUGCUAUGGCACGGUUACGAGAUCCGCGGCCUGGAGAACGUUCCAGAAGGGCCGUUCCUGGUGAUCUACUACCACGGCGCGCUGCCCAUAGACAUGUACUACUUCAUCGCCAAGAUGCUGCUGUUCAAACGGCGACAUAUCCACACUGUCGCUGACCGGUUCCUCUUCAAGAUACCUGGCUGGGCGACACUCCUGGAAGGGCUGUGCGUGAUCCCGGGCACUGUGCAGACGUGCGCGGGAGUGCUGCGCGCCGGGAACCCGCUGGCCAUCUCCCCGGGCGGCGUGUACGAGGCGCAGUUCGGCGACCACUACUACCGGCUGAACUGGAAGUCGCGCAUCGGGUUCGCCAAGGUCGCCCAAGAAGCCAAAGUGCCGAUAGUCCCGAUGUUCACCCAGAACCUGCGCGAGGCGUUCCGCACAGUGGGGUGGUUGCGCGGCGUGUGCCUGCGCAUCUACGCGGCCACGCGCAUCCCGCUCGCGCCGGUGUACGGGGGGUUCCCCGUGAAGCUCAUUACGCAUCUCGGCAAGCCCAUCCCGCACGACCCCAAACUCACACCAGAGCAGUUGCAGAAAAAGGUGGCCAGCGCGAUAGAAGACUUAGUGGACGAGCACCAACGCGUCCCGGGCAGCAUCCUUCUCGCUCUAAUGGAGAGGGUACAUGAAAUGCCCAAACAAAGGAGGAAGCCCAGCGAAGACACGCCGAUCGCCAACGGCAAAUGUCACAACGGCAAAGUGCCAGUCAGUGACGGUGACAACACGGUCAUCAGUGACAAUAGUUCUACUGUCAGUGACAACGGAACAGCGGACAGUGAAAAAACAGUAAAUGCCAAUAGUGACAAAACAGUUACAGCCGAUGAACCAAACGCCAAUGACAAAUCGGUAAUCGCUCAUCUCGUAAAAGCUAAAUCGGACAAUAGCACCGUAGGAACCAGCGUCAGUGAAAGCAUACUAUGUGAUAAUGCCAUCAGUGAUAAAAUAGACAUAGACAAUAGUAUAAGUGGCAAGUUAAAAGUGUCAUAAUAAUGGAUUGUAAUUGUGUGUGUGAUUUUUUUGAAGAAGUGUGUUCUAUUUGAAAUGUGCAGGCGGCAUUUGACAUUUAACAUAUUUGACAGGUAAUGUUUAAAUGAAACGAAAAACAUUAUGUUUAAAGCCGAUUUUUCAACGAUAGGAUGGAAAAGGCGCCAAAUUUGGCGGACAAAAACUUAACCUAAUUUUAGUUUGACAGCUCUCAAACUAGUGCCGUCCUUCACUUACAGAAAGUGCGAGAAAGAGAUAGAGCUAAUUAGUCCUGUGAAAUUAAGUCUAAGUUGGUGAUUGCCCAGACUGUUCAUUGUUCAUUCAAAGUGAAAAAUACGUUAAUUGUGUAUUUUUAUUAUGAUCAAUAGAUUUCGAUUUAUUGAUAAUAAAUAUUGAGCAUUAUCUGUUUCUAAAUACAAAAUAGAAUGUGCGUGAUAAGGAAUAACUAAGCAAAGGUGGAGAGACAAUCUUAGAUCUAUAGUACAAAGGUAUAGUCAACAGAAUGCAUUUGAAAAUAAAAACAGUGAACGCAUUGACAAACUUCGUCCUAAUACAUAUUAUACAGAAAAUAUUUUAUUAUACAUAAGCACAGUUGGCAAGUUCCUUUUUUUUAAUGUGGCAAUAAUUUUGAUAUGUACAUGAAAUGUACCGUGAUAAAAGAAUAAGUACUUACCUAAAAAGUUUGUAGUGUUGCCACACGAGGAAGGAAAUUUUCCACAUUCUACUUUCUUUGCCAAUGUGUAUUUGGAUGAAUGACUUUGCUUGGAAAAAUUUUGACAUCGCAUGGGUGAAUGUUUAAAUGGCCGUUAGAUGGCGUUACUGAGACUGAAUGCUUUUUGAGCCUCAGUAAUUGUACUUCGCUAGUUAUAUGUAAAUGAAAACACUUGCUUGAUUUUAGAAUUGGACUGUAAUAUUUUAAACUAACUAAAUAAAUUAACAAAAGGAGAAAAAGCAACACCCCGCGCCAUGGUGUUGAAAGGGUAGAAGCAAGAAAAACGCGGUGUUGCCAUAAUAUUAAACAAAUUUUAGCGUGUACUACACAGUAAUUUUAUCGAUUAAAUAAAAGCGAUGAAAAGAUCUUUAGUAUAACUAGAUCUUCCCAAAAACGGGGCAUUCGCAGUUUUAGUUGUAGUGAUUCUUAAUACUCGCAGUAGACUUUUUAUCUGUUGGAAUGAUGAAAGUUUAAAUAAGGAAUUCUGAUACAAGGGUUGAUGAGGUUGGUUACCUACCUCACAACUCACACAAAAAGGAGAUUAAGGAUUUUUUCAUGCAUCUACGAACUUUUUUAUUAUUCCAAUAGAAAAAAAUACAUCCUAUUUUAGCAUACGGUUUCAUAGUUUAGUUUGACGCAAUAUUCUGAACCGAAGAGCAACAAAACUUAUGUGAUAGCAUUUUUAAUAUACUAUUGUAAUUGGUAACGUAAAUUCGAUAAACCACUAGAGAGAAACCACUGCCCUAUUUUUCCCUAAAAAAGUAGCAUGGAAAAUGCUGCACCGACAAGAGCAUGGCUCUUAAAUUGAUGAUGAUGAAAUUCGAUAAAGUUCAUUUGUAAAAUAAAAUAAAAAGGACAGUAUGAUAAAUUUACCAUUUUAGGCACAAGUAGCCUUUAAGCCCUGUGCAGAAAAUAGAAAAAUAUACACUUAGACUCUUAAAUAAAGUGGGACAGAAAGAUGUAUAUUAUAUUAAAGAUGGCCAAAUUAAUCAAGCUAUAUUCAACAGAGUGUAAUCUACCUAACAAUAACCCUCCUUUUUGCUCUGCCACCGUCGGGUAACUAGCUUUAUCCAUCAUGGGGUUGCUAGAGUAAAAACUGAGCCAUUUUUAGCUUUUAAUAUACUUAAAAGUAAGUUUUACUUUUUAUUUGGUUAUCAUUAAUAUUAAUUUAGCAAUAAAUGCUGCCGUUUUAAACCAAUGUUAUUAAUUAUGAAACAUUUUUUUUAAAUGUGUGUAAAGUUAUUUAGUAACUUCAGGAUUCUAGAGACGAUCAAUCAUAAGGAGAAACUGUCAAUAGACUUGAAACUCCUCCAUUUUAUAUGUCUUCCAUACAUUUUCAGACCAUCUAGUAAAAGCAUAUGAUAAAGAAUAAUACUACGCAUCGGGCGGUAAUUCUCCGCCCCGCACUAAUUCGUAUCAGGAGCCAACCUCACCCCCUCUGGGUGGUCUGGGGACUUAAAUUGCUGUAACCGAUAAGGCAUUGUUUUUAUCAGUUGGCGGACAGAAUGGUUUACAUAUUUAUUUCGUUGCUAUUUUUUCCAUAUGCAAAAAAAAGGUUUAAUCACUUCUAGCAUCUAGUACUGUUCUAGUAUCUAUAGCAUAUUGACAACAAUUGAUCGUCUAUGGAGCCUUCUCCUUUCAUAAGAAUUGAAGAGCAUUCCUUAUUGCUAUGCAAGCUCACCUGUCUAGUUCUUUUAAUAUUUUAGUGUUUUAUUUUAAAGACUGGCGUGGUACGUUUUAUUUUUGUAAAUGUAUCGAGCCUCACUUGACUUUAUUGGAUGUAUAAUUUAAAUGUACCUACCGACUAAAUUUUUACACUUUUUUUUUUCGGUUCCUUGACGUUGGCAGAAUCAUCGUUUCUAAACGAUACAGACAUAAAUUUUAAAAAAGUGGAGUGAUGUGAAGGAUGUAUUUUAUAUAGUUUGGACAUAUCAAGUAAAUUCUUAAAAUUAUAGUACAGAAUUUCUCUUAGAUAGUAGAUAAUGACCCCGAUUCCUGCAGACACCUAAUUUUAAGUUACCCCUGUCAUUUUCUUAUCCGCCAAAAUGGAAAGGGACGGAUGUUUGACAACUGUUAAUUUUGAAAAUAAUAAAUUAAUAACCCGGGUGAAUGGAAUAGGUAUCUCGCUGGUAUGCAAACCGUUUGACGUGUGCUAUCAACAUAAUUCUGUCGGGUUGUUGGCAUUAAUUUGUAGAGGGUUAAAGAUUUGUGCAUAAAAUUGACAUCUAUGCCAUAAAUUUUAUACCGGUCGAUUACCCGUCCCUUUCAUUUUCGGCGUAUAAGAAAAUGACAGCUUUAACUUGAAAUUAGAUGGUGUCUACAGGAAUUAGCACCAUUAGUUAUGUAUAAAGUUGUUUAAAAUAUUUUCCAAAAUCAAUAUGUAAUAUUUUGUUGUUUGACAACCUUUUUAUUUGGAAAUAAGUAGUUGAAAAAGACUUACCUAAUUAUUCCAUUAAUUUAUUUUCACACUUCAUAUUUAUGUAAAGUGAUUUAAUCGUAGGUUUUAAGUUUGUCACAAAUUCACGAUGCGCGAUUGUUUAGUUUCGUAUAAGUAUCAAUUUUAUAUAGCGUGUAAUUUUAUUGUUUGUCUACCCACAAUUUUAUUUAAUAACAAAAGUUUUAGGAACUGGUCACCCUAUUAAUACAAAUGUUUGCCAUACUAACGUUUUUGUGACAAUAAAUUCAGUGUUGCUAGUUUAGACAACUUUUAUCUAAACUGUAUAAAAAAGUAAGUGUUUUUUUUAGUGGGUGCUUUUUCUGGCGCACUCAAACUUAACCUAAUUUUAGAUUGACAGCUCUUGAACUAGCGCUGUCCUUCACUUACAAUAGGUACAGGAAAGAGAUGGAGCUAGUUUUAGUCUUGUCAAAUUAAUUUGGUGGUCGCCCGUUUCGGUAACAAUAAGUAAUAAUAUUACACGUUAUAUCAUCAGACUAAUUUAGAAUUCCGUAGAGUAAGUAGCGCUUAUUUAGUAUUUAGCCAUUUAUCUGUGUUAAAGGAAUUGUUAUACAAAAACGCAUUUAGAAAAAAGAAUGCUUCAUUAAAUGGUUAAGAAUCCUGUCUGUGACUUUAUCAUAAUGUUACAAUAACUAAAACUAUCAAAGUGAAAAUAAAAUCUUCCAAACCGGUAAAUACACUUCUCAUCAGAAAAAAUCGAAACAUCUCGCAAGAUAAUGUUUCGUAAAGAUUAUCUGAAAAGUAUCGCGUAUUGUGAAGAUAUGAAUAAAAAAUAAACGUAAUUUUACAGCGGGUAUUAUAAAGUUUUUAAUUGGUAAUUAAUGUUCCAAAUCCAAAUUUAUUUGAAAAAAAUUCGAAAGUCUGUCGAUGUUUUUGAUGAGAAGUAUAUUUGAAAAUGCAUUUUAAGUUCUAUGAAAUGGCACUAUAAACGUAGGUACGUUUUGUUUGUAAAUAUAUGUUGUAAAAAGAUAGACGUAUUUGUACGAGAUACUCUGCUUUCAGUGGUCGAUAACAAGCUAAUGUAAACCAUGACCGGCGCGCUACCUAUAUAGGUUUAUACGAUCCCGACGACCACAUUACUUUAGCCAUAGAGGCAGCCAAUCAGCUCGCGACACCAAACACUUCAGGACCCCGCCGGCGUGGUCGACGAUUUCCCUCAAUGAGCGCUUAUCGCUAUCGACCCGCCAGGGUCGAUUAAUUCUUUCAAAUAUUUUUCCUCUCAAACGACCAGUAAAGUCCUGGAAAGUCGCUCAUUGUAAGCAAAAUUCAUGCCUGACUGCUUACCUACUUAUUGCAAGGCAAUAAAAUGAAUUCCCAAUUUAGUCAGGAAUUAAUUUUGCAAAAAAUAUGGGAAAUAUUUUCUUGUAUUCCCAAUUAAGUUACGAACUAUGCUUAUUUAGCCAUGUAUAGUAAGGUGCCAGAGUUUUAUACCAAAAUGAAAUCUAUUUUAAGUAUGGACUGCUAACGUUUGUAUGUCUACUUAAUUUGCAAAUUAAUACUUAAAAUAUAGAGGAAUAUUUUCAGA